AUCAGCGACAGAAGGCGCUUCCUGUAGCUCAGAGUCGGCCUGGGCUUACCGUUCUGAAAAGGGACAGGGGGGAUACAUGACAGUGAAUCGAGGGGUCCACGACCGCGGAGGAGGUUGCCAUCGCGACGCGGCCCGCGGGAGAGUUUCGCUUCCGGGUUAAGCGGCGGCGCAGGCGCAGACGCGGCAGGAGCUGACGGCCCACGGGGCUCCGCUUCCGGGUAGAUUUUCCCAGGAUCGGCGGCUUCUCGGGCUCGGGCUGCUCGAUCGCUGCCAGAGAGCCGACACCGCGCGGGCGGCUUUCCCGGGACUGAGGGACGCGGACCCCGGGGGAGGCCAGAAGGACCCGGAUCGGGCUGGACCCGAGCCACAGACCGUCGCCCAUGGCGGCCCUCGGCCCCGGCAGCCAGAAUGUCACCGAGUAUGUCGUUCGCGUUCCCAAAAACACAACUAAAAAAUAUAAUAUCAUGGCCUUCAAUGCAGCCGAUAAAGUCAACUUCGCGACUUGGAACCAGGCCCGGCUGGAGCGUGACCUGAGCAACAAGAAGAUUUACCAGGAGGAGGAAAUGCCCGAGUCGGGCGCGGGCAGUGAGUUCAACCGCAAGCUUCGGGAGGAGGCUCGCAGGAAGAAGUACGGCAUCGUCCUCAAGGAGUUCCGGCUGGAGGACCAGCCCUGGGUGCUCCGCGUCAACGGCAAAUCAGGCAGGAAGUUCAAGGGCAUAAAGAAGGGAGGCGUGACAGAGAACACGUCCUACUACAUCUUCACCCAGUGCCCCGAUGGGGCCUUCGAGGCCUUCCCCGUGCACAACUGGUACAACUUCACGCCGCUGGCCCGGCACCGCACGCUCACCGCCGAGGAGGCCGAGGAGGAGUGGGAGAGGAGGAACAAAGUCCUGAACCACUUCAGCAUCAUGCAGCAGCGGCGGCUCAAGGACCAGGACCAGGACGAGGAGGAUGAGGAGAAGGAGAAGCGCAGCCGUAAGAAGGCCAGCGAGCUGCGCAUCCACGACCUGGAGGACGACCUGGAGAUGUCGUCCGACGACAGCGAGGCCAGUGGCGAGGAGGGCGGCAAAGCCCCCAAGGCCAAGAAGAAGGCACCGCCCGGCAAGGCGGGCAGGAAGAAGAAGAAGAAGAAGGGGUCGGAUGACGAGGCCUUUGAGGACAGUGAUGACGGGGACUUCGAGGGCCAGGAGGUGGACUACAUGUCUGACGGCUCCAGCAGCUCCCAGGAGGAGCUGGAGGGCAAGCCCAAGGUCCCCCAGCAGGAGGAGGGCCCCAAGGGCGUCGACGAGCAGAGCGAGAGCAGCGAGGAGAGCGAGGAGGAGAAGCCGCCCGAGGAGGAGAAGGAGGAGGAGGAGGAGAAGAAGGCGCCCACGCCUCAGGAGAAGAAGCGGAGGAAAGAUAGCAGCGACGAGUCAGAGAGCUCGGAGGAGAGUGACAUCGACAGUGAGGCCUCCUCGGCCCUCUUCAUGGCGAAGAAGAAGACGCCCCCCAAGAGGGAGCGGAAGCCGUCAGGAGGCAGCUCGCGGGGCAACAGCCGGCCCGGCACGCCCAGCACAGAGAGCGCCAACACCUCCUCCACCCUGCGGGCGGCCGCCAACAAGCUGGAGCAGGGGAAGCGGACGAGUGACACGCCGACGGCCAAGCGGUUGAGGCUGGACACCGGGCCGCAGAGCCUGUCCGGGAAGUCGACCCCCCAGCCCCAGUCCGGGAAGUCGACCCCCAGCAGCGGGGACGUGCAGGUGACCGAGGAGGCCGUGCGGCGCUACCUGACGCGGAAGCCCAUGACCACCAAGGACCUGCUGAAGAAGUUCCAGACCAAGAAGACAGGGCUGAGCAGCGAGCAGACCGUCAACGUGCUCGCCCAGAUCCUCAAGCGCCUCAACCCCGAGCGCAAGAUGAUCAAUGACAAGAUGCACUUCUCCCUCAAGGAGUGAGGGCCCAGCCCAGCCACCCGCCAGUAAACAGGCUCGAGUCUCCAGAA